AUGGCAUACCUCCUCAUUGCUGCGGGUGUCCAUCUCCGACAGAAACUUCACGAACGGAAAGAAUUACAGCGCGAGAAGAAGCGAAUGGAGUACGAGCAGCGGUAUCGCGACUUGGAACAGGACCAUGCCGCCAGGAUUGCCAAUUCCCACCAAACCGCCCAGGUAGGGGUUGACCGCGUGCGAGUUGCGGGACGCCACGACGAGCCUUCUGUUGUUCUUGACGGAAACAACCAUGAGCGGAAUAGUAUGGAAGACGGUGAGCGAGGACGAAGCGAGGACAAUUCUGCCGGAUGCUUUGACAAAGUCGUCAAGCAGACAGCACAAAUGAAGAUAUCAUAG